GACUUUGCUCGGCAGUAAUUGUGUACAGUACCUGAAGCAGAGUUCAAAAGUCUCCAUCGUUGGUAGUUCACGAGUUCCUGAGGAGCUGUGUUUCUCAACCGAAGGGCUGGAAAAGAAAGAAAAGGUUCGGAUUGUUUUUGGAGAGAGGUAGGGGGAGGGGGAAGGUUACCAGUUUAUGAAUGUUCUUUUUGAAACAUACCUAAGACUCCAAAACUGAAUGUUUAAGGCAGAAUGUUGGUAAUGCUUUGGGUAUUUGUUCAGCAUAGAUUUUUUUUUAAUCUCGAAGUAUUUCCACUUUUCAUUUAACUCUUGUUAUACUGAACUUACGACAAUUUUACAUUUUACAUAUAGAUACUAUGGAUAGCUUUCACUUGAGCGUCAUAGUUGUGGUCCUUUACUUUAAUAUUCCUGGAUCAGUGGGAAUCAAGUCACAGUGGAUUCUUCGUGAUUCACAUCACCAUUCAGACUGCCGGUGGGAUGGGAAGUUCUCACUGAAUUGUUCUUUUACCGGAAUAUCUGCUAUUCCAGAAGACAUACCUCAAACAGCAAUAACGGCUGAUUUUAGUUACAAUAAUAUUAAAACUUUUCUGUGCACUAAUGGAAGAAAUGAAGAAUGGAUGCUAAAACACCUGAAUCUCAGUAACAACCUGAUUUCUGAGCUCUCCUUAACUACCUGUAGAGAUUUACCCAUUUUAGAAACUCUCAACCUCAAUGGAAAUGCCAUCCACACCCUCACACUGGACAUACCUACACCAGCACAUGGGUCUAAGAAGUACGGAAAAGUCGAUCAUCUCCUGCCUGCUCUGAAAGUAUUGUUAGUUGAAAGAAAUAAACUUAAUACAGUUCCAAAAGGACUAGGCCUGCUGCAGUCUUUACACACUGUCCAUAUGUCAUCCAACGGCAUACAACAGAUUGAUGUGAAUGAUUUUCAAAACUGUUCACAGCUGAAGGACGUCGACUUGCAAAACAACAAGAUAACUAAAAUUCAUCCAGACGCCUUCAGGGAUCUCAACAAAUUACAGGUUGUGGAUCUCCGUGAAAAUGCUCUGACAACCCCCCUACCACAGAUAUUAAUCAGUCUGAACUUCUUUCAACUUGAAGUGGACUUGUCAAAUAAUGCCUGGAUAUAUAACUGCAGACUAAAUGCUUUCAAGCAUUUAUUUCAUUUUCUUUUUGACCCCACGAGGAAAAAAUGGAGUAUUUCAUACAAUCAAUCUGCCAACAACUCGCAGAAACCUCUGCUGUAUCUUUCAAGUUUCCAUUUAAACUGCAGUGACAGUGUUUUGCUCAAGAGGGCUGUAAUCCCAACAGGGAAGACAUCAGUGCUAAACUGUGACUUGGACAACACAAGGGGUCAUGGGGUCUCUUGGUGGACACCUAAAGGCAGAAUUGCAAAAGAUAAUAGUCUUCCUCAUAUGAUACUGGAUAAAAUGAAUAAUUUAGUGAUAUACAAUGCUGAGAAAUCUGCUGAAGGGCUAUAUUUGUGUAUUUUUAAUGCAACAAAAAAGAAAUAUCUCAUCUACAAUAUACAGGUCAAAGAAAAGGUUUCAACAUUUUUGGUUAGAAAAGCCCGGGACACUAACACUGUUUUUAGACAAGGAAGAACACAGCAAGACCUUGCAUUGGCUGUCUGCCUCUCGGUGCUCAUUACGUUUGUUUGUGCUUUUUGUCUGGGAGUUUUUGCUAGACCCUACCUUGUGAGCCUGUGGAGACUCAUGCGCAGGAACAAAAAUUCAGGUUCAGAACAUACAUAUUCUAAUCAAGCUUUUUCAGAUGAAACUUUGAGCAGAGGGUGCUCUGCAAGCAAAUCAACAAAUACACAUUGUAAUCUGCUCAUUUGUAAUGAGAAUUCUUCAAGAAGCAAAUGCGUUUUUCCUACAGAAACUUGUACUUUGCAUGAAAAUGUCAUUAGUAGCAGUGUACAUGCACCGAAUACUGAAGAAGAGUACCAGAAACAAAGCAAUGAGAUCAAUGUGAAGAAAAAAACAGUGUUUUCAGACAUCAAAACUAGUAUCAGCAAUGAUGAAAACAUAAAUGUAGAUGACAAUGGACUAUUUUCUGUAAGGAUAGAUUACAAGAACAGCAAUGACAUAAUGCCAAGAAAAUUAAUGAAUAAUGACAUUUCAUUAUGGAAAGAUUCAAAAUAUGCAAAUCAAGAAGACUCAGACAAGAGCAGGAUCUCUGCCGGACCCAGGAGACUAAAUGCUGACUCUUACUCAAAUCACACUGAUUCUUCAGAUUCGGAUUUAACCUUCACAGGAGAAACUGGCUUUCCAUUUUCCACAAUACAAACACAUACUGUUGCACAAGAUUCUAGGAACAACAAGGUGAGCAACAAAUCUGGUCUGCUGCAGUCCAAACUCACAAAGGCUACACCAGAUUAUCCUGACAGAAAAGGUAUCAUUUCACAUAACAAACCCAUGAGCACUACAGAAUUUAUGUCUGGAAGGCAAAGCUGUGAUGAACAGCUUGGACUAAACAGCAACAUAAACAUAACCAGUGACAUGGGAGAUCUUAUUUUACCUGGUAGCUGCAAGAAAGAUACAAAUAUUGAGAAUUUAAGUGUCUACCAAACAGUAGAAAACUCUCCUCUUACAGAGUACGACUGUAAAAUGGUAUGUAGAAAUGAAAAAGACGCUUCAGCAGAUAUAUUUGGUGACAGUUCUUCAGAUGAAGGGAUUCCAUUCACAAUGAGUGACUGCAGUUCUUUAGCAGACUUUGAAGUGAAACAACCUGAUGUUAGUGACAACCUGCCGGUCUGUCAGUCAUCACCAGAAGAAGCUGAUAUGAACAGUGGAACCGAGUUCUCAACACUGACAGAGACUCCAAACAUUACUGCUGAAAUUCAGCAUACUGGGAGAAAUGAAGGCAAGAACAACACGUAUUUUGAAACCACUAUUAAUUAUGGAUCAGAUACCAUCAUGCCUGAAACGGCACCACCUUACGCUGAUAAACGUAGUGACCAUGUAAACACGUCAGAUUCAGACACAAUUAGUUCUUCCAGUCAAGAAGUUCCUGAUACAUUUGACUGUUUUACUAACGAAGAGUCAACAGCACAAAACUCUAUUUCUGAUUCUCUCCACAAUCAAAAUACAAAUUUUGGUAAUACAUUACUUUCGUUAGAACAUUCUCCCAUGUAUGACACAGACACAGACAACACUCCCGAAGAGGCUGAACUGCAGCUGUAUCAGUUUCCCACCGAACCUCAGCAUCCCCUCAGCUACAGUCCCACUGAACAGAAAGAAAAUGCACCCAAGGGAAGUACAGAUGAGCACAUAGAGAGGAACUCCCCUGAAAAGAAUCACGGUGAAGGGGACAUAACAUUAAGAACUAGCAUUAGUACGUUUGAGGACGAUGAUUUUGGUUUUGCUCCCAUUGAUACUGGUUUGAAUGAAAUUGUUAAAAAACUAUCACUACUGCAUUCUGGCAACGAGUCAUCUCUUCAAUCUCUGCCUGAACACACAGCUGAAAAACAUUUUACGGUUAUUACAGAGAAAGACAACUUUCUACCACAGGCGAAGCAGGUGACCACAACUAUGGCUUAUGCAGAUAAAAUGCAAAGAUAUUUUAAGGAGAAAAACUGUGAUGCAUACACAGAACUACAGGAUACCAGCCAAUGUAGUCUGCCCGAAGAAACGCAGUCUUGUGAUCUUACAGCAGGUUUGCUGCAUCCUCAUUCUUCUGGGAAAAAACAAUCAGUCUUCAACACAGAUCAUUCACAAAUUGAUCAGAGUGACAAGGAUGCGUAUUCCUUCUUGGUCCCACAAGGCUUCUUCAAUAAAAGUACACGACGCAGUUCAUGUUCAUUCCCACAGAAGACUACAGAAAAUACAACCUCCAAAAGCACUGACUCCAGCACGAUGGAGGAUGACACGACUUUGACAGGACUGGAGAACAAUUCUACAACAGCUUUCAACCUCCAAAAUUCAAGUGAAAAACUCAGUCAAAAAAGUCAGACCAAUUUAGGACAGGGCCAGUUUUUUGUUAAGAAGAAAAGGGCAUUUGAUGGAUUUGCUAACGUUUUGCAAAGCAGGACAACAGACUUCAAUAGCUGAGACACAAAACUGUAAUACUAAUCUCCUAUGUCAUAUAGUAGGUACAAAAAUGAUUGUGUCUUCAAGUUAAGUGUGUAGCCUUUAGUUAUUGUUAAAAUACCAUGGGUUGUUUUCAGUUCUGUUUUGGGGUUUUUUUGGUUUGUUUUUUUUUUUUUUUCCCCCCCCUCUGUACAAUUACCUAUAUGCCUUUAACUUCAGAAACCCAAGUUACAGAACUAGAUUUAACAAUGAGGCUGGAUCUAUCCAACUGAAAACACUGUAAUUCCAAAGGCCAGAAGUCAUGGACUUUUGUUGAGAAGGGUACUUGUAAAAAAAACAAGAGUAAAUUUUAUUAAAAACAACUCUAGGACACUCAAAUGAGUAAACUACUCUGUAGCUGUAAUUGAUAAUAAAGCAUUUAGUGAGUUAUAAUAAUAA